CUUUCUACUCUCUCUAGUGUGUUUAGCUAUGUAAUCCAAGUAGGCCUACUAAUUGGUGAUUACAGCUCAUCGAGGAACCUAGGGUUUUGUCUCUUAAUUGAAUUGUAUUGAUUAUUGUGCAAUUAGAGUUCUGUCUCUAAUAGUUACUCUAGGGUCAUCGCUCUUAGAACGGACAAUGAAUCUGAGUACAUAGAUCCUGCUCCUUUGACCUAAAGGUUUCUCCUUUUUGGUGCUUACUUCAAUUCUCAUGUAGAAGCCUCUGUUUUCGGACAAUAUAGAGAGUUGAAACUGGGUUUUGUUAGAUUAUGUUUAUGCUUUUCUUUUGAUAAGCUCGGUUGUUGUCUUGGCCUUUGAGCAUUUUACAUAAACAAGUCUUGUUGCUUAUUUUCAGGUGGAUGCAUAAUACACACUCUUAAUAUCUUGAGCUUCGUCGUCGAUCUGUUUAAUAUCUGCAAUUAAAUGGACACCAUUGGGUUUGUAGAUGAAAAGAGCGAGAGCAGAUUAUAUGUUGGAAACUUGGAUCUUAGAAUAAACGAGGCUGCGUUGAUAAAGAUGUUUUCUCCAUAUGGGAAGAUCAUAUCAGAAGACUUCCUCUGGCACACUCGCGGGCCAAAGAAAGGAGAGCCACGCGGCUAUGCUUUCAUUCAAUACAGCUCUAAAGGGUGAGCAUACAGGAAGCUGAAUUGGCUAAGGAGAAGAUGCAUGGGAGAUUAGCUUGUGGUAGGCCCUUGGUGGUUCGUUUAGCUAGUGACAAGCUUCUAGAAGAUUCCUCUCAUGAUCGUCCCAAAAGAUUAUUACCAGAAGCAAACAGAACGAGGUCUGCAAGUGGAAGCAGCUCAGGACAAAUGAGCCGAGAUGAAAAAGUAGCUGCCAUUAAGAACAAACUGAAAGCGUUGGAGGAAGAUGAGAAACAACGAGACCCCAAGAAACGGAAGAGACAAAGAUCCCUUUGAAACACAAACAAGCUUGAUGUAAAAGAGAGUGGAAAUGUUUUUUUUCUCGAAGUUAACCAAAUUAAAUUUGGAGGAAUGGUAUCCUGUUUUACUGCCAAUUACUCCAUUACCGGAAACUGAAUCAAAACUCAAAUCACCCAAACCGAAACUAAGCGUUUGUUGGAUUUGGAUUGACUUUUUGGAUUUUCUGUAUCAUAUUUACAAGUUUCACUAGAAGUUCUCCCGCAGAAAUAAAAAUUUAAAUAUUAUAUUA